GGCGCCAUUUGCCGUAGCGGAGCGACGGAGUGAAAACAGACAAAACCUGCAAACCGCAGCGCGGAUUAAAGACCGGCCCCGGCCUUAUGGAGGCGGCGGGCAAACCGUCUGUGGACAGGUCUCUGGGAGUGGGGCUGUCUUUGGUGGGUGGGAUGGAGACCAGCAUGCCCAGUUCGGGAAAGCGCAUCCGCAAGCCUUCGCUUCUCUUCGAGGGUUUCGAGGGUCCGGCUCUGCCACACGCCCCUGCACCGGGACCGGCACUUCCACAGCAGCCCCCUGUCAAGGACCCCAGCCGGCAGGGCAGAGUGACCAACCAGCUCCGUUACCUCCAGAAGGUCGUGGUGAAGGCCCUCUGGCGCCAUCACUUCGCCUGGCCCUUCCAUGAGCCUGUGGACGCGGUCCGACUCAACCUGCCAGACUACCAUAAGAUCAUCAAACAGCCCAUGGAUAUGGGCACCAUCAAGAAACGACUGGAGAACAACUACUACCGCAAUGCCAGCGAGUGCAUUCAGGAUUUUAACACUAUGUUCACCAACUGCUACAUCUACAACAAGCCUACCGAUGACAUAGUGCUCAUGGCCCAAUCUCUGGAGAAAGUUUUCCUGCAGAAGGUUGCACAGAUGCCCCCGCAGGAGAUUGAGUUACCGCCUCCAGCCCCGAGAAGUAGAGGAGUUAAGGCCGGGAAAAGCCGGAGAGGCCGAGGAGGAAGUGUCACUGUAGCCCAGCAAGUCCAAGCUAUCUCCCAGUCCGCCUACUCGCCGUCCUCUCCAGACACUCCAGACUCCAGCUUUUCUGGGUCUCCCCAUAUGAUGCUCAGCAAACCCGCGCCGCCUCCGACCCUCAUGACUUUGCCUCCCACACAGCCCACUGCUAAGAAGAAAGGGGUGAAGCGCAAAGCGGACACCACCACCCCCACCACCAUGGGUUUUCCUAUGGCGUCUGUUGGGCGUGUCGGGGGCAUGGGUAAAGGCCGUGGGGGUGCAGCCGUAGGUCUGCCCAUAUCCCUCUCGCCCAUGCCCCUGGACUGCGUGCCCAGCCUGGUGCGUGGGGUAGGGACGAACGAGCCCGUUCACCUGCAGCCCGUUAUGGGCCGAGCCCUGAACCGCCGGCCCAUCAAACCCCCACGUAAGGACCUGCCGGAUUCGGUGCGUCCCAGCCAGCCAUCACGGCGAGGAAAGCUGAGCCGGCAACUGCGUUACUGCAGCGGCAUCCUCAAAGAGCUGCUGUCCAAGAAACAUGCCGGCUACGCCUGGCCCUUUUACAAACCUGUGGACGCAUCAGUGCUUGGCCUGCAUGACUACCACCACAUCAUCAAACACCCCAUGGACCUCAGCACCAUCAAGAGGAAGAUGGAUGAGCGGGAAUACAGGGACGCACAGGAGUUCAGCGCUGAUGUCCGACUCAUGUUCUCCAACUGCUACAAGUACAACCCCCCGGAGCAUGAUGUGGUUGCCAUGGCACGCAAACUACAGGACGUGUUCGAGUUCCGUUUCGCCAAGAUGCCAGACGAAGUUCUGGAAGACGAUGAAGAAGAUUUGGUUCCUGCAUCUUUAGGCCAUAACAUGGGCAUUAUGGGAAUGCACCACUCCUCCUCCUCAUCUUCUUCCUCGUCUUCCUCCUCCUCCUCCUCGUCAUCGUCACCUUCCUCUUCAUCAGAGAGCGAACCAACCAGCGAGAGUGAGGCAAACAGCGAGAGCAGCCCGAGCUCGGACAGUGAAGAGGAGAGAGCCCAGCGCCUGGCCCAGCUGCAGGACCAGGUGUGCACUCAGUUAAGGGCGGUGCAUGAGCAGUUGGCAGCGCUGUCGUCUGCUCCCAUCGUCAAGCCCAAGAGGAAGCGAGAGAAGAAGAAGGAUAAGAAGAAGAAGAAAAAGCAGGAGAAGCGCAGGGGCAGCCGGAGUGCGCCAAGCAAUGAGAGAGAGAGGGAGAAACCAACCAAACCUGCCAAAAGCAAGUCCAGCAGGGCGGCGCCCUCGUCCACUCAGAGCAAAAGAUGCCCCACCAAGAAGAACAGCAAGAGCAACAAGACCACCAAGAAAUCCUCUGCUGCUGUGCCUCGUUUUUCUCCAGCCACGGCCACCGUGUCUCAUUACGACUCGGAGGAGGAAGAGGAUGUUCUGCCCAUGAGCUAUGAUGCCAAACGGCAGCUCAGCCUGGACAUCAACAAGCUCCCAGGUGAAAAGCUGGGUCGCGUUGUUCACAUCAUUCAGUCCCGUGAGCCGUCACUGCGUGAUACAAACCCUGAGGAGAUCGAGAUCGACUUCGAAACGCUGAAACCAUCCACGCUGCGCGAGUUGGAGCGAUACGUCAUGACCUGCCUGCGCAAAAAGCCGAGGAAACCCUAUGUGGCGAAGAAGGCUGGUGGUGGGAAGUCUCGUGAAGAGCUGGCUUUAGAGAAGAGAAGGGAGCUAGAAAGGAGGCUUCAGGAUGUUAGUGGCCAACUUAACUCGGUCAAGAAGCCCCAGAAACCCAAAGUGGAGAAAGCCAGCGGUGUGGAGCAGCAUGCAGUGCCUGCUCGACUCAGCGCCAGCAGCUCCAGCUCUGACUCAUCCUCCUCGUCCUCCUCUUCGUCCUCCUCCUCCUCAGACACCAGUGACUCUGACUCAAGGUGAUCAGUCACUCAGAAAGAGAGCGAACUCGGCCUUACGGGAGCUCCAGGCCCUACAGACUGAACUGUGGAAAAUUCUGGCACAGUGGGCCUUUUGUAGGGUGGUCCAGAGAUGGAGGGAUAGAAAAAGGGGAAAAAGAGGAGGGAAGAGACAUUCCACUUCAUUAAGUUUUUCCACAGUAGACACAGUGAUGUAACGGCUGCAGAUCCCCGACAACAAUGUGUUUUUGUGAUUCGUUUGUAAAAAAGAAAAAGAAAAACGACAACAAACUUGUACAUAAUGUAUUGGAUUAAUUUUUUCUUUUAUAAAGAAGACUUUUAUAAAAAAACGCCCAUAGUGGGAGACUUUAAAUGGGAUGACAUGGACAUAGAAGCUGCGCUGCUGUCUUUAGUUGGUAAUAUGAGUUGUUUUUGUUUGCAUUCUGUGUGGAUUUAGUGCUUUGUUUGAAAUCCUGGUCCCUCUGAACCCCAGCGUUUGGUGCUUGCCUCCUGAAGCCAGCAAAGCAGUGAUGAUUUGUAAUGUCCUUUUAAAGGAGUUUUCCAGAGUUUUUAAAUCUAAUCUAUGUUAUAUCUCCUACCACGUGUAGAUCCCUGCACUGUAAAAGAACAGAAAAACCGCUUUUCACAUAUAAGGCAGAGCUGAGCGAUGCGGCGAAAAUAUAUCACGGAACGGGCUUGAAGCAUCGCGAGAAGUCGUUAUCUUCAUCGGUUCAUUGGUUUAUUUUAAACUCCUACGUUGGGGCAAAGUAGGGCUACAUUUAAAAUACUAUCAAAAACUAUGAAUCCGGGCGUUUUUGAACAUUUCACGUACUGCGCUGCGCUACAUCUAGUUAAACCGGACUAAUUAUGCGCUCUAAUCAAAAAUGCAGGUGGAAAGCGUUUAGGUGCUGGUGGUAUCCACAGUGUCCUCAGAAAAGCUUACGUAAUUCAUCACGAUAACGACAAAUAUCAUCAUAUUGCCAAGCCUUAGAAGGUUUUGGGUAGUUGCUGAUUUCCAUUAAUAAACCUUUUAAAUGCAUGACUAACACUAAAUCUUACAUUAUCUAUCUGUUUAAGUGGUAGGAUGAGACGGACAUAAGAGAGAAGCUGCUUUUCUGACGUUUUAUCCAUUUUUGAACAUUGGAACAACACAGCGGAAAGUAGUUCCAGUUACUUUCGCUUUCCUUAAGGUUUCGUGGUAUCUGCAGUGAUCAGGCGAGGAGCUUUAUUCUGAUAAUAAACCACCUGGAAACAGGAGCGAGUUCUAAAGGUUUAUAGCUCAAAUACACAUUUUGCAUAAACGUUUGUUUACAAAUUUCUGCCCACUCGCUUCUAUUAUAAGCCUGUUUCGAGUCAGUAGGUAUUUUCGAAAUACAGGGACGUUUAAAAUUUCUGGUACACUACAGACUUCGUAUACAGAUUAGGCUGAAAAACGCUGGAGAAUUCCUUUUAUUCCUUUUAGGACUGGGUGCUUCUUGAGGUGAGCGGUUCGGAGGCUGUACAAAGAGAGUACGUAUCAGUAAACGAGAGAUAUCACCGAAUAUCUGAAUGCGGGAGGAAAGCUCACGGCCUUCUGCUGGUCUGCCCACUUUGCUCCGUCAGAGUUGGGGCUUCUUGAAUUGCUUUCCGUGUGUAGAGGCCAACCAAAGGGAGAAAUGGCUGUUGUAAACCUUGGAUGGUUUAAAAUAGCCAGAUUUCGGCGGUCCAGUUAGUGUGCUGCAGCUAUUGCAGUGACCAGUAGUCUGUUAAUAAAAGUAGAUCCCGUAACUUCUUUUUGUUCUUUUUUUUAUGUGUUGGAGUUCAUUUGUUUGAUUGUUUUUACAUCAUUAAAUAUGAAUGUGUCCUCCCAAGUUUUGGACCUUUCAAAAGAUCGGCCUCGAGCCAAAGUUCAUUACAUUCCUCCGUUAAUUUCCUUCCCUUACGCAGCAGACAAAUGAGGUGCGUCCAUCCAUAAUUUCUAACGAGGCCCACAUUAUCAGUGCAGGCUGGAAUGACCUCAGUUGUGUAAUGCUCACUGUGUCUGUGCUAUCUGUCGUUCAAUAUUAGCAAUAGUCUUUGGGUGAGGUACUGCUUUAAGGGGUGAAUUCAAAACUUGAGUAUUUCCGAAAGGGAAAUGACACGAUGUACUACUCUAACAUUGUCAGGUGGGCUUUUUUAAGUUGGUUUGGUGCUUUUGGGGAGGGGGAAAAAACAGCUAGUGCAUUAAGAGCAACAGCGUGAUCUUUUAUUAUCUAUUCACUGUAUAUAAUGUCAGCCGAACGUGAUUCUACUUUUUCUUUCUUCUGCUUCAUUUGUAAGAAAUGUCUCUUUUUUGCCCCCAGUGUAAAGCAUAUCGACGGUUUCUCGUGACCCAUGUAAGCUGCACAGAUGCAACAUUCCGUUACUGCUAUAUUUAUAUUAUACCCUUCGAAUUGUUUGGUUUUACUUGGGUGCAAAUACACGUAUACCAACUUCA